AUGGAACCAUUUAAAUUGGGCUACCUUAAGAGCUUUCUCAAAGGGUCUGGGCUAACACCAGAGCAUUGUAUUAGCAACCUCAAAGAAUGGGAACCAAGAAUUCGAAACUGUUAUGCUGAGAGCAUUUCACUUGAAAGUGAUGCUUUUUUGAAAAUGAUUCUAAUUGAUGCUGGGUUCAUAAUUGAGCUUUUCCUUAGAUAUUAUGACGUGGGCAAUUGGGUAGAAAGAGACCCUUCGAUCUUAAAACCGUCGCUCGCAGAUGAUGUUGCCCAUGACUUGAUCUUGCUUGAGAAUCAACUUCCAUUCUUUGUUCUUAAAGGCUUGUUCAACCUUGCUAUUGCUGAUUUUAUGACUACUGAUAUGCCCAGCUUUCUUGAGCUUACUUUCAACUACUUUGUGGACCUCAACUCUCAAAAACUACAACCCGAUGGUGUGAGUUUGCGACAUUUCACUGAUCUGCUAAGGGUAUUUUACUUACCACCAAGUGAAAGAUUACCAGAAAGAUCAGAAAUAGGCAAUAUAUUGGACCAUUUAUAUACUGCAGGUGAGCUAGUAGAGGCAGGAUUGAGGUUCAAGGUCGAUAAAACAAAAAAAUGCUUACUCGAGUUACAAUAUGAUAAGGGUGUCUUAACAAUGCCAUGCCUUAAUGUAUCUGAUAGGACUGAGUUUCACUUGAGAAAUAUAAUUGCAUUUGAGCAAGAUCAUUAUCCUUUUAAGGCCUACAUUACUGAUUACUUAAAAGUGUUGGAUUUCCUUAUCCAUACUGAUAAAGAUGUGGAUCUACUAGUUCAGAAGGGAAUUAUCAUUACCUUAUUGGAUGAUAAGAGGGAAGUAGCUACUAUGAUUAAUUGUCUCGGCUCAAAUCUUAUCCAAGCAAAUAUGAAUUCUGAAUACCUCUCCAUCUGUAAGGUGUUGAAUGAUUUCUAUAACAAGCCUAUUAAUAAGUGGAAAGCAGGCUUCAUACAUGACUACUUCAACAAUGACUACUUCAACACUCCAGUGAAAAAAGUAACUUCCGUUGCUGCUAUUAUACUACUUAUACUUACCCUUGUUCAAACCAUUUGUUCUGUACUCUCAUUACUCUAG